AUUUUUGCAAGGCUGCUCUACUUUGCAGCCUUUUCAACGUCCUGUCACGGAACUGUAUAAAAUAGGGAGACUCCGGCCAUGCCACCUCACUCUUUCAUUUGGUUUGCAAUGAACAAAGCUACAAUCAUCGUGUUUGUUGCGGUUGCCUUCGCGGCACUGUGCACCUUCUCCUCCGCUGAACCAGAACCAGAGCCUCGCAUGGUAGGAUCAAAGCCGAGAAAUCCAGAUGCCAGCGAGAAAUCAAAUAACAUGGAAAUCUCUGAAAAAGCUGAGGAAAAACCCAGUGCGAAAGUAGAAAAACCGAAGGAAACUCCUCCAAAAGCAGCUGCCAAGGUGAAAAAGGUGAAAAAUGCAAAGAAGCAAAAACCUAUUCAGAAGAAGAGGAAACCAGCUCCAACUACCACCACCACCACUACUGAUGCACCUACAAGCCCAUGAUAUGUGUUUGUUUGAAACAGAAUAAACAAAUCACUGAAUUUCA